AUGGCCACCAGCGACUCUCCAGCGCAUUCGAAAAACGAAGCGGUAUUCGGGUCAAACGAGAAUGACACGCGGUACGAAGCCGAGUUCAAGGAGGAAGUGGGAGGAUUGACCUUCGACCAGUAUCUUGCAGGAGGACUUGGUCGACAUCUGGGCAUAUUCAGCACCACCUCGCUGAUUAUCGGACGAAUCAUCGGCACUGGCAUUUUCUCUACCCCCUCGUCAAUCAUCAAUGGCGUUGGAUCUCUGGGCGCCUCCAUGUUCCUAUGGGUUCUGGGACUAUUGCUCUCGAUUUCGGGCCUUUGCGUCUGGCUUGAAUUCGCCUGUAUGAUCCCCCGAAGCGGCGGCGAGAAAGUGUACCUCGAAGCAGCGUAUCGCCGGCCAAAGAUGCUCAUAACCACGGUUUUUGCUGUUCAAGCUAUCGCCCUCGGCUUUACUGCUUCUGGUUGUAUCGUUUUUGCAUCCAAUAUUUUAGUAGCGGCCAACCACACUGUUACGGAAUGGGCAGAGCGAGGUAUUGCCAUUGGAGUCAUCGUUUCGGUUACCCUGAUUCAUACAUUUAUUCCGAAACUUGGAGUACACGGAAUGAACUUUUUCACCAUUUUGAAACUUGUUCUUCUGUUAUUCAUUGUGAUAACGGGAUGGGUUGUUCUCGGCGGAGGCGUUUCACGAGUUCCGGAUCCUCACGCAAGCUUUCGCGAUGCAUUUGCUGGCUCUGCCAAGUCCGGAAACCCGUAUGCAACAGCACUUUUCAAAGUCUUGAACUCGUUCGCAGGGUGGUCCAAUGCCAUGUAUGUGCUCAACGAGGUGAAAGAUCCCGUUCGCACUAUUAAGAUUGCUGGUCCCCUGGGUCUCUCGACAUGUGGCGUUUUGUACAUUCUUGCAAACGUUGCUUACUUUUCUGCGGCGACACCGAAAGAGAUUGCGGCGAGCGGAACCACAGUUGCUUCAUUCUUUAUGGGAAAAGUGUUUGGAACUUCCGCUCAGAGAGCGCUCAGUGUCCUUGUAGCUCUCUCUGCAUACGGCAAUGUGCUGACAGUAACAUUUGCCCAAUCUCGCGUCAACCAGGAACUUGCGAAAGAAGGAGUUAUUCCCCUUCCACGAUUUUGGGCCUCAUCAUGGCCGUUCGGCUCGCCAAGCGCUGGCUUGAUUCUGCAUUUCAUCCCCUCUUUCAUCGUCAUCGUUGCCAUCCCGUUUGGAGACGCUUACAGUUUUAUCCUCGACGUUGAGGGGUACCCAGGGGCUGUUAUCAACUUCCUUGUCGUUGCAGGAUUGUUCUAUCUCCGCUGGAAAGAGCCAAAUGCGCCGCGUCCUUUCAAAGUAUGGCUGCCUGUUGCCGUGUUUUUCAUGGCAGGACAGGCAUUCCAGCUUGUGGCUCCAUUCUUGAGACCACCUGGCGGCAAAGGUGACACCAGUCUCCCAUAUUGGCUGUACGCAGUCGUGGGUAUCUCGGUUUUGGCGGCGUCCGUUGUAUACUGGCUUGUAUGGUGGGUAUUGAUGCCUAAGCUUGGAGGGUUUACAUGGGAGCCGCGAAAUGAGCCUCUCAAGGAUGGGACAAAUGUCAUUGUAUAUCAUCGCAGAUCGAAGAAAUGA